AUGUCUGUAAAAUUGUUUGUUGGUGGCCUACCGUGGUCUACAAAUGAUAGCGAUCUCCGUAGCAAAUUUGAAGAAUACGGUCAAGUUGAAGAUGCCGUAGUUAUUCGCGACCGUGAGACUGGUCGUAGUCGAGGAUUCGGAUUUGUUACCUACUCAACUAAUGAAGAGGCUGAAAAUGCCAUCAAUGGUAUGAAUGAUCAAGACUUUAAUGGUCGAACAAUUAAGGGUAUGCUCCUGUUGUGA